CGGCCGCCGCGGGAGAAGGCACGCAUGGCGGAGGCGGAGAGGAGCUUCGCCCACCUGGGGCUGGACGCGCGCAUCCUCCAGGCGGUGGGCGACAUGGGCUGGGCCCAGCCGACGCUGAUCCAGGCGCAGGCCAUCCCGCUGGCCCUGGAGGGCAAGGACCUGCUGGCGCGGGCGAGGACGGGCUCCGGGAAGACGGGCGCCUACGCCGUGCCCCUGCUGCAGCACCUGCUGCGCGGCAAGGCGGCGACGGCGGUGGCGGCGCAGGCUGUGCGGGGCCUGGUCUUGGUGCCCACCAAGGAGCUGGGCAGGCAGGUGCUGCAGAUGCUCCGGCAGCUGACUGCCUACUGCGCUCGCGAGGUGCGCGUUGUCGACGUCUCUGGCCAGGCGGACGUGGCUGCGCAGAGACCACUCUUGAUGGAGAAGCCAGAUGUGGUGGUGGGGACCCCAUCUCGGGUCUUGGCUCACUUGCAGGCCCAGAACCUGAACCUUCAGGACUCUCUGGAAAUCUUGGUGAUGGAUGAAGCAGACUUGCUGUUUUCUUUUGGUUUUGAGGAAGACGUGAAGAGUCUGCUCUGCCACUUGCCCAAGAUCUAUCAGACCUUCAUCAUGUCCGCUACCUUCAAUGAGGAUGUGCAAGCGCUGAAGGAGCUCGUGCUGCACAAUCCUGUGACCCUCAAGCUUCAGGAGUCACAGCUGCCAAAUAGCUCCCAGCUGAGCCAGUUCCAUAUCCGGUGUGAGAUGGAGGAGGACAAGUUCCUGCUGCUGUAUGCCCUGCUGAAGCUGUCGCUGGUGCGGGGGAAAGUCAUCUUCUUUGUCAGUACCAUUGAGCGCUGCUACCGCCUGAAGCUCUUCCUGGAGCAGUUCAGCAUCCCAGCCUGUGUGCUGAAUUCAGAGUUGCCUGUCCAGUCCCGCUGCCAUAUUAUCAGCCAGUUCAAUAAAGGCAUCUAUGAUUACAUCAUUGCAACAGAUGAGCAGGACCUGGCUGAGCCAGAGGGAUCGGGAGAAGCAGCAGGGAGGAAGAAGAGGAAGGGUGCCAAAGCUGAGAAGGGCAAAGACAAGGAAUAUGGAGUCUCACGGGGUCUCGACUUCCAGAACGUCUCUGCGGUCUUUAACUUCGACUUCCCUUCCUCAGUUGUGUCCUACAUCCAUCGAGCUGGCAGGACUGCCCGGGCCAACAACCCAGGCACCGUUCUGACGUUUGUGCUGCCCACGGAGAUUGCGCUGCUGGCACAGAUCGAGGUGGAGCUCAUGGGAGGCAGCAGUGAAGCCGCCUUGCAGCCCUACCAGUUUCGGAUGGAGGAGAUCGAAGGGCUCCGCUACCGCUGUCAGGACGCCAUGCGCUCAGUCACCAAGCAGGCGAUCAAAGAAGCUCGGCUCCGUGAGAUCAAGGAGGAACUGCUCAACUCUGAGAAACUGAAGACCUACUUCGAAGAUAAUCCCCGUGACCUGAGCCUGCUGCGGCACGACAAGCCGCUUCACCCGGCCAUCGUCAAGCCUCACCUGUGCAAUGUGCCAGAGUACCUUGUCCCUCCUGCGCUUCAAGUCAUGGCUCGGCCUCUCCGCAGUAAGCGCAAGCGACAGAAGCCCCUGCCUCGCGUCACCAAGGGCCAAAGAAACCCCCUGCGCAGCUUUCAGGCUAGCAAGCAGAAACUGGGCAGUUCAGCCAAGAGGAAGAAGCCUGCUCCCUGACUGUGGCUGCAGAAGAGGCAGUGCUUCAUACGGAUUGCGGUAGGGAGGAGAUUCGAUGAGCCUGUUCUUCUCCCCAGCCUACAGUUCACUGGGACUGCUUUUUGCCGGAAUGUGGCAGCUUAUGAAAACCCCGGAGGAUGCGUUUGCACCCAGCUCUGGUCACACAGAUUUCUAAGGACUUUCUCAUGCCCCAUGUCUCAUUAAAGUGCUUGAAGCUGGGCAGCGUUUAGAGCAUCUGAA